AUGACCAGGAGAAAGGUGCAACUUUCCUUCAUUGCCAAUAACAGUGCAAGGAAAUCUACACUCAAGAAAAGGAAGCGUGGCUUGGUCAAGAAGAUGCACGAAAUAACCACCCUAUGUGGGGUUGAGGGGUGUGUCAUCAUAAAUGACGACAAUGACCCUCAGCCAACGGUUUGGCCCUCGGAGGCAGGUGCUCGAAGGACUAUCGAAAGGUUUAGAAGCCUUCCGAUAGACGACCAAAACAAGAGGAUGGUGAAUCAGGAGAGUUUCACCAAACAGAGGCUGGAGAAGAUUGAAGAGAAGCUGAAGAAGCAGAGGAGAGAAAACCGGGAGAAGGAGGUCACACAAAAAAUGUACCAAAGCAUGUGUGACGGACCGUUGGUCGUGGCCUCCACUCUCAAUGCAAAUGAGUGUGAUGAGGUGAUCAACAUGCUGAGCCGACACAUCAUGGAAAUGAACAUCGCCAUGGAGACACUCCGUGGCGGCGAGGCUUCGUCUUCCAAUUCCAAUUCCCUCCCCUAA